CCGAGGAAGACGUCACAGCCCUUCAUCACCUAAAGCAGCUCGCAAUGCGUUCUUCGUUCUCUCUCCUGCUGGUGGCACUGGCCCUCGGGUGCACUGUUGCAGAUAAGGUCCCAGACUUCGUCGUCCAAGGGAAGUGUCCUUACGUCGAUGAAUACAGGCUCUGGGAGCAUCAGAAGCCUAAUCUUGCGAAGUUUGGAGGAGUUUGGUUCCAGUAUGCUCUUACUAAGAACCCAUAUCAGUUACUAAGCCAGUGUGUCCGGCUACAGUACGAUUUCAAUGGCGAGGGCUUCGAUGCCACAGCCACGGGCAUCAGCUACGAAGGGUCACUCUUGAAGAGAUACGGUAAUAUUUCUCCUAUGCCCCUUGGUGACCCUCAUCUUAUGGUUGACUUUGAAAACUCUUUCGCCGCCCCUCUAGUUAUCCUGGACACCGAUUACAACAACUACGCCUGUUUGUAUUCCUGUAUAGACAAUAACUUCGGCUACUACUCAGACUUCGCCUUCAUUUUCACCCGAAAUCCAACUCACGGCGACACCUACGCUGGCAAGUGCGAGGUCGCCUUCACAAGCAUAGGUCUGGACACCAGCAGGUUCUACAAGACUGCCCAGGGAGCGAACUGCCCUUACGAGACUCAGGAGACUCUUUAGCGAGUUUUCCAGGGAACCUUCUUGACGCCAGCACUUUCACUUCGGUCUUGUUUCUGUCUUCUAUUUACGUUGUCACUUUUGAGAAAUGUUCAUUUCAAAAUAAACUGGAGACACUA